CAACGUCGUUCAGUGACGUCAACCUGCGUCAAAACUCCGCAAGUGAACUUUCGAGGAGGCCACGAGCCCUCCAAAUAGUCCGGAUAGAGUGAUAACAAGCCUCCCUUAUUGAAAACGUGCAUCAGUAUUCCAAAACUCUCGGAAAAACAUAAUUUCCUCCCCAACUCCCGUGUAUUCAUCAUAAAAAUGGAGAUGAGAGGAGUUGGCAGCUCUGCCAAUUGAUUGGUCAAGAGCCAGGCUGAGGGGCUAAAGUUAUUUUCCACCGUCCAAAGGCAUCAGGUACACCCCCCAUAUUAACAGACCCCAAGUCCUCCAACACCCACUAACUAGUGUCACAGUCAUAACCACAAAACCCCUAUCGGAUGUGACAUGCUCGAUUGUGCGUCGUUUGCGUUUCCCCGGAGGCUCUUAAGUCCUCCAUUGGCCCAAAAAGGCCCCAGUGUCACCUUCUGAAGUAUUAAAAUCCACAGGAAAAAUUCAAGAGAGAAAAAAAUCCCGUGGACUUGGUCCAAGUCCUAACUUUUAACUCAACUCUGUGUAUGUGGCACGUGUCUCUGUGUUAGUUUUGUGUUCGUUUCGUUAUGUUCGUAGUGGGACUGCGGCCUAGAAUUCAUGGAAGUGCAAUGUGAGAUGAGCUGUUAUAAAUCAACGUUCUCUCGUUGAGGUGAUGGGAGAGGGAAAAUGGAGGCGCGAGUGUGGUCAACCCCAGGAAUGUCUGCCUCAAAUAAAUAUUCACCGGCGCUAAAUUAUGAGAAUACCUCCGAUAAUAAAAAUCGGAGUAUGUCUCAAUCAGAGGCGUCCAGGAGGACUCAUCUUAGAUCGACAUGUGCUUCCACAAGUCGGACGAGAAACAAAUUGGAACGUCACGAUCAAAUUACUCACUGUGUAAUGAGUGCCCACUCCAGUGACAAAAGACAAUUGAGUGGUUCUAAAGAUUCACCGGGUUUUAAUAGUAGUGUUAGAUGUAAUGGUGCUAACAGAACGAUUCAAUUCGACAGUGUCACCGAUGUUUGUGGAAUUAAGUUAAGACGUAUGUUUGAGUGUCAUCGAAAUUAUUCACUCAAUCAUCUUUGGAAGUCACUUGUAUUCAUAUUGUUCAGCUUAAUAUGCAUCUCGGCGACGGAUCAGUGCGCUUUGGGCCUAAAAACACCAGGACGAACCUGGCCAGCAGGUGACAUUGUCCUCGAAGAGGGUGAGCCCCUGAGAAUUCUCUGUAUGCUGAAUAAGACGUAUAUUGAUGCCGAAUUCCCGGGUAAAAAUGCAUCGGACCUGGUUUUUUUCCGCAGCGACAGGGAAAUGGAGCCGGAGUUCAUUCAAAUCAUUAAUGAAACAGCAAUUGAAAUGUUUGUUGAAGAGCCACCACCAUCUAAAGACAUGUAUUACUGUAAAUUGAGGCUCAACGACGGCUACAGUAAGAAGUACGAGGCUGUAUGCCUCAAUAACGUCGUAGUUGGAUCCGCACCGAAAGAACCUGAAAACUUCACGUGUGUAUCAAAUAACUGGGAGAACAUGACAUGCACGUGGGAUCCAGUGCCCAAUUUCGUUGAGACUCGUUUUACUCUUGCCUUCAAAUUACUCGGACGGGCUGGUGGACGCAAACUCUAUCCCUGCCCGAAGGAGAAGGAUGAGCACAAACUAAUGGCGAGAAAUCGAUGCUACUGGGAUACGACGACAAAUCCGAUCUAUCGUCAACCCUACGAGUACUACAUCUUCAAUCUCAGUGCUGAAAAUGUCCUGGGGAAUAUGUCUGUGACGUACAAGUUUCAUCACUUUGCGCAUGUCAUUCCAGCAAAACCGACGAAUCUCACGGUGUUGAAUAAAACAUCAGAGAGCGCUCUCCUUCACUGGACCGUGCCAUUUCCAAUGCAGAAUUUUCCCCCAGGUUUGCAUCACCGAGUUACCUAUCAGCAUCAGUGGGACUCCAGAAAGACUUGGCAGGUAAUCAAUAUUACCAAUGAUAUCCACAUGUACAAGAGAUCUUUCAAUUUGACCGGUCUUCACUACGCCAAUACCCUGUACGAUGUGAGGGUUUUUAUGAAGAGUGCUCUGGCUAUUGGAGAAGAUAAGUGGAGCGACUUCAGUGAUGUUACGUUUAGAACGGCACCGAGACUGCCUGGCUUGCCUCCACGCACAGACAUUGGUAGUUUCGAGAUAACCGAGAAUAGUGCGAACAGAGACGUCUACUUGUACUGGCAAGCUAUUCCCCCGUAUCUGGAAAAUGGCGAUAACUUCAGAUACCAAGUGGUCCGCGUCGAGGAGAACGGUAGAACAUCCCUGAUAGAGCCUAAUGAAACAACCCGAACUUAUGCCAAGUUCAAGGGCAUCAGUUUCAGCAGUUAUCGAUUUGAAUUGGUAACAAAUAACGUUGUCGGCUCGAAUCCAGAAAAAGCUGUAAUUUUUAUACCAAAGCGUCAUGAUAUACCUCGUGAGCCCUUGUCCUUCACGAAAAUUGCAUUUGAGGAUGGAUUGUACGAGUUGUCAUGGAAACCUCCGAUUAUGGACGCUGAGAUUAGUAAUUUCACCAUCUUCUGGUGUGACAACGAACGCGAUCGUCCCUAUCAGUGCACUGGUUUCCUCGAUUGGGUGCACGUUCCUGCCUUAACGACAAUCUACAACAUGACAGUGCCAGACCCCAAGAAGGUCUAUCAAUUCGCAAUAGCCACGAACACUAAGCGUGCCUCGAGUGGAAUGGUGUGGGCCUCCUGUACAGUGAUUCACAACAAAGUCGUAGGGAAGAUGAAAUCAGUUUGGAUAAAUCGAAUAGGCUCGGACUUCAUCGAAGUUGGCUGGAAGCUCGAAUGCUCCGACCGCAUAGGCAUUGUUGAAGGCUUCAACAUUUACUACUGCCCGAUCAUAACCCCGUACAAUGUGAGCUGCAAGGGACCCAAAUUGAACACAACCAUCAGGGCUGAUCCUCACACCAUCCACGGUACAGUUAUAGGAUUGAAACCAUACACGACCUACAUGAUAUCAGUGGCAGUCUUAACGAAAAAUGGAGAGGGCUUACAUAGCGAUGCUCUAUACAACACUACGAUGGAAGCAGCCCCAACACCUCCUCGUAACGUUGUCGUCUCCAAUGUCACUAAUUCGACGAUGUUGGUCUCAUGGGAAGCCCCAGCAGCUAUGAACGGAGUUCUGCGAUAUUACGAGGUCCAUUACAGUGGAAAUGUCGAACAGGUGGAGGUUGAGAUGGAGAAACCGACCCAGGUCGUAUUGAAGGAUCUCCUGGCAUUCAAGAACUACAGUAUUUACGUGACCGCGUGCACAGUCUCCUGUAGUCCAGGUUCCUCAGUGAUCCACACCCAGACAGGAAUAGGUCUCCCAGGGAAGAUAAAUCGAAUCCCCGUGGUACGUUUUAUCAAUUCAAGUCAAGUGGUAGUGGUCUGGAGUAAGCCCACAAAUCCUGGUGGCAAACUCGACUACUACCAGGUAUCCUCGAAAUACGGUGAUAUUCAAAACAGCUCGAGAACCCAGUCGAACAUUCCAAUACCUGAUUGUAAAACCGAGGGACGAAGUACCCUGCACGAGUUCACAGUGAGAGCGGUCAACAUUGGACCCAACGGUGAACAUCUGUAUGGUCCCUGGUCAGAGGCUGGCUCUGGCAAUUGCUACAGCAAUGGCCCAUCCUCGUUGAUUCUUGUUGUAAUCUGGGUAAUUGCAGUCUUUGGAGGUUUUGCUUGUCUCUUCUGCCUAAUGCAUACAUCGAAAAGAGUGUGGCUUAAGUACAAAGUCAUGCAGGAUGUGGAAGUGCAAUUGCCACCGGGUUUGGCUGGUGAAAAACUUCUGCAAAAAGUUGCAGAACAGCACAACAUCAGGCAGUCAUCAGCUGAUUCGAGUGGUUGCUCCACUGGACAUGAGUCUGUCACGUCUUCCCUCACGUCAGAUUCCCACGUAUCAACUGACAGUGGAGCUGAUAUUGAUCCAGUUGUGUCUUCGAAUAAAUUGCUGGAGUCAACGACAACCUGGGAGUCGUCUAGCCUUCGUCAGAGGAAUGUUGGGACAAUGAGGCCAAGUGGACAGCCUGAUUCGGCAAGGUGGGAUUCUUACGUAAAGGUUUCCAAGCCUGGGGAGACAACACUCGAUGAUAGUUUAUCGUUGGCUCGCUCAACUCCCAAUCUCACUGAUACUUCUGGCUUCAUGAUGCCUCAGCACAACUGGUCAUCUACUGGAUACAUCAGUAUGGCCUCGUCCGAAGAAUUAUCAGAUAAUCCGAGUCCUGUGCCUAAGGAUUCUGAUGUUGGGGGUUACAGUGUUGUGGGAUUGCUUCCAAAAUCACGAGAUAAAAUUGAUAACUACUCGCAGUUAGCUAGUAAUUUAUCAGAGGCUAGACCAGCCGCACCCUACGUCACUCUGGCCUCACUGGAGUCUAAGCCACGUGAGAAAAAAAUGAUUGAUAAUGUUAAGAACUUGACCAAGUUCAUUGAUCCACCCGGAAAUAUCGAGACACCUUACGUGCAAACUGGAUUGAUUGAUAAAUCCAUUUCAUCGACAUCCAGAAAAGCCGAUGUUAUGAAGCCAUACGUUGCUGUUGGAGCCCUUCCAGAUGCGGAUACAAAGGGAAGAUUAGUUAAGGAUGAGAGCAAACUGGUGGCCCGAAUUCCAGCGGCUGUUAAUGUCAGCACAAAGCCCUACGUACUAGCUUCUUCUGCCUUCAAUAUCCUUCAAAAAAGUGGUGACAGUGAUGAGACUCUUGUGGAGGAAUCACAAGAUGAUUCACUAUCCUCAGAGUAUAGUAUAUUUUGGGAGCCUGACGAGAGUAGAACAGACAGACGGGAUGAGCCCGAGGUGAAGAGCUCUGGCUAUGUUGCUGUUCGAGAUCUUCAGAAAUCCGAUCAGCCAUUGGGCAAAGUCUCUGGUGGCUUUGGACAGAAAAUGGAGAAGCCAUUGGCCACUGGGGCUGACGAACAGUACAGCAAAGUCACCGUUGCUCCACACAAUAUGCAGUGAAUUUUACUGGGUGAAUGGGCCUAAGUUGAGGAUGAAGCGUAUCUGUGACACGACUGUGAAUUCUUUUAGGUAUGUUGUAUGCACCUGAUUAUUUUCUGUCGUAUAUAUGUCGAUCUGGGAAUAGUGUGUCCAUGACGACGAUUAUAGGGGGCCUCGUCAACAGACUGAUUAAUUUUCUUAUUUUUUUUUCUUUGAUGAUUAACGAGGCUGCGAGGGGCGUAUUUUUUGAUGGUCCAUGGGAUUUGGGGAUGGGGGGAGAGCUUCCGCGAUUUGGUGGAUUCUCGGGGUGAGGGAGGUUCAGGAGUUCCAGCGGAAAUCAUUGGUGGUGGCAUGGCUUGCGACAGAGAGAGAUGCCGCGAAAUUUUUUUAUCGAGAGAAUAGCUUUCUGGGAGAAUAAAGAAUUCGCGUAAUUUCCUGUGAAAUCAGCAAUAGCAGAAAUAAUUCAUAAAAUUGGGGAUUUAUCUGAGGAGUGGGCAGUUUCAAGGAAAUACAUGAUGUUUGAUGAGUUAUCCUCGAGUUGUAGAGAUAAUUAUGGCUGGAGGCGUUCGGGAUUUGCCCAAAAAUCAAGAGUUUCUUUCAAUAAUUCCCCCUGAUACUCCUAAUUAGAAAAACGAUCGAGCCUAGAUAUAAAAAUCAAAGCAUUCCACCAUUGAAUUCCCGAAAUACAAGAAGCCCUCCAUAAUUUCCUGAUUUUUUUCGUUUCCCCUGAAAAAAAUCCCAUGAAAAAUAUGCGCUAAAUGUUCAUCCAAUGAAUUCGGGAUUAGCUUAUCGUAAUGAAUGAUAUGAUCAACAAUUGCAUUGGAUACUCGUUUCCAAAAAUUGUAACGAAAUAGAAAAAAAGGAAGUGAACACCCGUGUAUAUGUACAAAACGAAUGACUUUUGUAUCAUAAAUAUAAUCGUGUGGUAACGUGAAUUGACGUGAAUUAAGAGGUAACAAAACGAAUCAUUUUAAUGAUUAAUUAGAAAUAUAUAAGAUUUAUGUAGAGGAUAAGAGUAGUUUAAUCAAUCAUCAAUCAGAUUCCGCACACUUAUUCGACAGACGUUAUUGGAUACAAGCCGUUUAGUUAAUUGAUUACUACUUAGUACCUAGUUGAAAUAUCCACUCCCUGCAUCUUAUUUAUCAUCUCAAUGCCCACACUUGUUGUUAUCUGUUAAUAAUCUCUUGAGACAGUUGUUAAAUUUUCCUUCAGCAACAAAAUUAACACGAACAUAUCGGUUUGGGUGUUUUUGAAAAUGUCUUCUGUGUCUUUUCUUUUUAUUUCAAUGUCUGUUUUCACGUGGGAAGAACCGGAGACUUAUUUCUAGAGUUUUAAGGUAUUUAUGAUGUGGCAAGGAAGAAUGAAAAAAAAUCAAGAUGAUUUUUUAACAGGUCAGAGAAUGUAUUUACAAGAAAUCAUCAAGAUAUUUACUUUUUUUUGAUCCUCACUGAUAAAUACUUUAAUUGGGCUUCGAUUGAAAGCGCAGUUUUUUUCCCAUAUAAUCCAUUCGUGUCUUCAUCAAUUAGUAAUGCAAUUGAAAGAUAUUUACUCGUUAUUCCGUCUUAUUCAGCAACGAAAAAAAAUUGUUUAUAGCUGAUGCACCAUUGAAGUAGCAUAUCAUGAAUAAAAAAGACUAUUUUCAAAAACUGAGGGAUUAUAGUUUCGUGUUAAUGCCAUUGAAACCUUUAAACUGAUGGAAAUUGAGGCGAAUAAGUGCAUAUCUGCAUAAUAUAAUAAGCUAGUCACUGAGAGGAUUCAUCAGUCUACGUAACAGGUCCUUCAUUUAUUGAAAAGGAAAUAGUGUUAACGAAAUUUAAAGGCAAAACAAGAAUCAUGUUUUGAAAUUUCAAUGGGGUGCCGCAUGGAGCCUUUAUCAAGAUAAAAUAUUCUUUUAUUUAUAAUACAAAUGAUAAUGCCGAUGAACUUACCACGUCCACAUGAUUUGACUAAUUCGCCGGAGACUGACGUAUUGCUUAAGGCUAUAAUCAUUAAAUGACAUGAACCAUGAUUUCUUUGCAAAGAAUUUGAAAAUGUCCGGCCUUUGGGGAAUAAAUUGUGUUACAAAAAAAGGUGGAGAAUUAAUGCAUCAAUUAAUGAAAUUAGUUUUCCCAUUGGCAUAUGGGUGACUGAACAAGAUGAAAUAGAGAGUUGUUCAAUGGUCGAUAUCUCUCAAACAAACGAGGCGAUUUGCAUGAGCCACCCCGCAGUUUCAGGGUCAAGGAAAUAGCUUCACGAUGAGAUCGGAGUUGUCGAAAUUCCCUCUGUUGAUCUGGAGAUAUUGACCAUUGAUCAUUUCAGCCUUCAAAUUCAUUCUGAUGAAAAAACAAAUUUCAUUUGAUAAUUUAAUGAUAAAUCGAAUAAAAGCGCCGAGUUUUUUACGUCAAUUGAGAGUGGCAAUGGGUAAUAAGCCUACUGGUAGCAUGACAUAUAUUUUCAUGGAGAAAAAAAUUCACUCGUCUGUACGCAACAUCGAAUAAUUGUAAUUGUGUUGCGGUAAUAAAAGAGCGAUAAUUAUUAUUCGCGUCUGUUCUCAUUUAUUCGUUAAAAUUAAUCGUAUGAAAAAAAUUGUAGACUUUAUCACAAGAAUCAAUUUUACUCUCUCUAUUGAUAAAUUGAGAAAGAGUAAAAAAAGAAAAUGAUAUAAAAGACAAAAUUCAUGAUUUAUAUUUCGAGAGGGGGGCUCAUUUACAGAAACGAAAAAUAUGCAACAUCAGGUUCAAAAGUUAUAUCAUAAGUUUUAUAGAUUUUUCAUUGUAUAUAGGUCGUAUUAUCAUAUAUUUUUGUUAUAUAUUUAUAAAUAAAAACAAAAAAAAAAUAUUAAUGUAUAAUUGCACAUUAAAAUAUAUUAGAUUGAUGGAAUAAAAUAAGAAUAGUUGGUAAUUAAAUUCCAAUGGUUUUUUCUGGAGAUUUUCAUUAUAAUUGAAACAAUGAAGCGUAAUUGUUAGAGGAACGAAUUUCAUAGCUAUAUCAACGUUUAAAUUAUCUGAUUUAAGACGUAUGAGAGAAAAUUAAAAUCGUGAUUGUGUUAACUUCAGUGCAAUUCUUGUGUACAUAGUUUUAAUACUUUUAGCCUAUUGUGCCCUUUAUUUGCUAGUGAAGAUUGCCCUAUUGAUAAUUCAUGGACUCAUAAAAGGUCAUUCAGCAAUCAAAAAUACAAGGAAAAUAAUAGUUAAAGGUAUUUUUUUCUGCCACAAAUUUGAAUAUUGUACAGAGUUUUGUACAUUGUAAUAUAUGUUUCAACUGCAUAUUCUCUUUUUCCCCCUUGAAUUUAUUAUUUAUUUUUUUUUUGUUCACAACGUAAGGUCUGUCCAUCAUCAUUGUGUUUCUUGAGAUAUCAUUUUAAUCCAUUUAAUUAGAUCGUAAUUAUCCGUUAACGUUUUUAAUUAUUAGAAAACCACUCAAGGUACGCCAUGAAUAACCUUGCCAUCUCGCAUAUGUUCUUAUAUUUCUAUUUAUAAUGAUACAUUUUUAUAAUGAAAUACUCAUUCAUCAAUAAAAUUAUAAGGUUUAACUCAAUUUAAGGAGAGAAAUAUAUUAUCUGCAUUAAAUGUAA